ACCAUGACUGGCAGAGGGAGACCACGAAAGGCUGCGAGUCCUCAAACUGAAUGUGCGAAGGGCAAAACCGAAACUGAAGAAUAUCCAGAGAAUGGAUUUACAGAAGAGAAGCAGAAUGGUACAACCAGGAAACAGGAACCAAACCACAUGGAACAGAGCACCCAAAAGAAAAAGACACCGAAAGACAACAAAAAGGCUCCUCCACGAGGUUCAAGAGCCAAAACAAAAGGAAAAUCUGAGGUGGAGAUAACGACACCACAGCCAGAGACACCAAGGGACAAAAAAAAAGACUCGGCAAAGGCUGCGAAAACAAAGAAAUGUUCCGACAGGGCCAGGGAGGAGGAGACAGAGACAACACAGCCAAAGGACACCACCAAGACUUCUGUAAAGAGCACAAAAGCUAAAACCUGUGCUGGCAAAGACAAAUUACCUGAGGACACAAUGAAGACGCUGCCAAAGACGCCAAAGGCAUCACACGUGGACUCUCUUCUAUCCAAAACUCUGGAAAAAUUGAAGAUUAAGAAGAGUGACAAAUCAAACACAGCAGAAGUCAUCAAUAACUUGAUAAAACACAUAAUCAAGCAUUUGAAGGAGAAGACUGCAUGCUUUGAAAAAGUAGAGGCACUACAUACUGGAAGUUACUAUGAGAAUGUGAAAAUUUCUAAUCCUGAUGAAUUUGACGUCAUGCUGUCCGUCCCUGUUGACCGGGUGAACCUAGAGCCAUUUGGAGAUGACGGAGCGUUUUAUAGCGUGAAAUUAAAACGAGACAAGAACCCGCUGUGGAAAUUUCAGGAGGGGACCAUUUUAUCUGCCAAUAAAAUGCUGAGGGAGUUCAGGGAAGAGGUGAAGAAGUGCGUCAAGGCGUUUACAGAUUGGGAGGUGACAAGAAAGAAACCUGGCUGUCCUGCGGUGACCCUGACGACUACAGUUGAAUCUGUUACCAUCUCCCUGGAUGUUGUUCUCUGUAUCAUGGUCAAAACAAGCUGGCCACCUUUUACCAAUGAGGGCUUUACAAUCGAGGGCUGGUUGGGGACUAAAGUGAAGCAGGAUUACAAGAAAAAGCCAUUUUAUCUUGUCCCAAAAUACGAAGGCAGGGGAUCAGUCGAGCAAGAUGGCGUUUCUGCUCGAGACACUUGGCGGAUUUCAUUCUCUCAUGUUGAGAAGGGCAUUCUGAUGAAUCACGGCUCGGAGAAGACGUGCUGUGAGAAACAAGGCCAACGCUGCUGCAGGAAGGAUUGUUUGAAGCUUCUGAAACACCUUCUCAGUCUGCUGAAAGAAAGACAUUCUUCUUUUCAGAAGUUCUACUCCUACCAGGCCAAAACCACCCUGUUCCACGCCUGCAGCUCUAGAAAUAAAGACAGCGACUGGAGCGUCUCCGACCUGAGAAUCUGUUUUCAUCAGCUGCUGGACGACUUUAUAGGCUACCUGGAAAACGGUGUUCUCCCAAACUUCUUCAUCCCAAGUCAGAACCUCCUCUCCGGUACUGACGAGAAGAUGCGCCUUAGCCUGGCUAAAUAUAUCAAGGAGGAGCGUGACAACGCCUUUCCUAUUUUUACUUACACCUCAUGUGAGAUUUGAAAUGACAUCUUACCUGAAGCUGAGGGAACUGGUGCACACACACACAAGCUGGCGAUGCAGGGAGACAAAAACAACUGCAAUAUAAAAUGAAAAGCCACAUGAAUCUCCAGCUCAUACAUUAUUUUAUUCUUUUCUCAUCUUUAGCAUUUUUACUCAUAUUUAUGCUACAAUGUUGUGUGAUAUUCAAAUUGUAAUUGUUUCCCAUUGUUU